AUGAAGCAUUACAAGGAACAUAAUGAUCAUGAUAAAGAAAACGAACAAUCUGCACCAAGACCAUCGAGAUUACCAUCAGUGUUACCAACGAUAACGACGAAGGUGAGAAUGAGCGUGUCGAUGGCGAAUUUGAAGUUGUGUUCGGAAAUGGAGGAUUCUGAGCAGGGUAAGAAACAAAAACCAACGGAUUCAACACAUCAUGACAAACAUAGUGAUCAUGAUAAAGAUAUCGAUCAAUCCGCACCAAGACUAUCAAGAUCAAAACCAGCAUUACCAGCAACAAUGACGAUGAUGAGAAUGAGCUCGUCGAUGACGAAUUUGAAGUUGUGCUCGGAAAUGGAGGAUUCUGAGCAAGGUAAGAAACAGAAACCAAUGGAUUCAACACGUCAUGACAAGGAACGUAAAGACCAUGAUAAAGAAAUCAAACAAUCUGCACCCAGACCACCACCGUUACCAGCAACAAAGACAACAAUGAAAUGUUCAGAAAUGGAGGAUUCUGAUCAAGGUGAGAAAAAGGAACCAACGGAAUCAACACAUGAUUACAAGGAAGAACAUAAAGAUGAUGAUAAAGAAAGUGAACAACCCGAGCCAAGGCCAUCAGGAUCACCAUCACCGUUACCACCAACAAUGACAACAAUGGAAUGUUCAGAAAUGGAGGAUUCCGAUCAAGGUGAGAAAAAGGAACCAACGGAUUCAACACAUGAUGAAAAGGAACAUAAAGAUGAUGAUGAAGAAAGGGAACAACCCGCACCAGGAUCAUCAUCACCGUUACCAGAAACAACGAGCUCGGAAACGGAGGACCAUGAUCAAGAUAAGAAACAUGAACCAACGGAUUCAACAGAUGAUAAAGAAAGUGAACAACCGGCUCCAGGAUCACCCUCUCCGUUACCGGAAACAACGACGAUGAAGGAGAGCUUGGAAAUGGAGGACCAUGAGCAAGGUAAGAAACAGGAACCAACGGAUUCAGCACAUGAUAAAGAAACUGAACAACCGGCGCCAGGAUCACCAUCACCGUUACCGGCAACAGCAACGAUAAACGAGUGCUUGGAACCGAAGGAUAAUGAGCAAGGUAAGAAACAGGAACCAAUGGAUUUAACACAACAUAACAAGGAACAUAAAGAUCAAGAUAAAGAGAGUGAGCAACCCGCGCCAAGAUCAUUAAGAUCGCUAACAGUAUCACCGUUACCAACAAUGAGGAGGUUGAGGAGGGCGAUAUCGAUGACGAUGCAUGAGUUAUUGAGAUUGGAGGAUGAUGAAACAAAUAAGUUACAAAAACCAACGAGUCCAACACUUCAUGAUAAAGAAAACGAACGACCCGCACCAUUACCAAUGAAGACGACGGAGAGGUCGAUGUCGAUGUCGAUGUCGAUGACGAUGAAAGAGUCCUUGCCAAUGGAGGUUGAUGAGAUAAAUAAGAUGCAAAAUCCGGACUCAAGCUCAGAUAAACCAUUAAUGGGCUCAAGCUCAACACAACUUUCCAAAGAACAAAAAGAUCUAGAUAAAGAAAUUGCUAAGAAACUAACUCCUCCUCCUUUUAUACCCACCAACUCUUGUUUGAUUAUAAAAUUCCCACUUAAACACAAGUACCCAGAAGAAGAGCCACCCAAAGAAUCCGAUGAUGAUUCGGACUAUGAAGAUUUCGACCCGCUUAAGGGUUCCAUCUUCGACAUAGCUGAAACCCCAAAAACUGAAGCAGAGUCCACAAAUCAAUCGAAGAAGGCUGAUGAUGAAUUUGAGGAGGUUAAUAAUUCUCACCCUGAUUCAAACCAUGUUGAUGAAGAAGGUGAUAGAACCAGAACAAGGAGAUUGUUUUCAAAACUUGGUGGUCUUAUAGGAGUGAGAAAUUUUUACAGGAGAGAACAACCUCCCGUAGAAUGA